GCUGAGUUUAAUUCAAUUAAUAAUGGUGUGGAUUCCGCGACGUGUUUGACUCGCCUGGAGAUAGUGGUCUCUCUUCCCAGCGAUCGCAGUCGUCCACUCGCCGGACGACGUCAAGCCAUGAACCUUCCAUGCCCCAGCGAUCGGCAUCGUAGAUCCAAAGUCGCCGCGACUUGUGGAGAAGCGCGCUGAGAGUCGGACGCGUAUCGUAAAUCGACUUGACCAGCGAGAAUCUCUCUGCGAAGAAAGAAAUCCGCUGUUCCCUGCUCUCUUCCGCCCGAUACUACAACUACUACUCUCUCUCCCUGGGCAAGCGCUGAUCUUGUCGGCCAUCGUCCUACUGCCCAUCUCGCGACUCAGGUGUGACUGCUAACCUUUUUCCAAUGAAUCUUAUUCCUGGAAAGCAGAAAAAAGAAUCGAUGACUUUGGAGUGGAUCUCUGAUUCCUAAUCUUGAGGAGUUUUGAUGCCCCUUGUGCUUUGUAUUAUCCUUGCAGUGUGAUUUGGGGGUCUGCUCGAAUUAGGGUUUUUAUUUUGUGCUCGGUUGGAUUUCUGGCUCGAUUUGAAAGUCGCAUGAUUUAGCAUCUAAUUGUGGUCUUUUACUCUCUUAAAACAUCAUUUACGGGGAGGAAAUUGGAAAGAAGGAAAGGUAAGUAAAAGACUAUGCAGAUGUGAUGCAUGGUGGUUAAGGAUAGUUGACAGAGCAUCUGACCUAUAUUUGAACCUAUUCAGUGAUGUUCAACCUUGUGUCUAUCUUAUCUGUAUCCUGUUGAAGACUUCAGUUGAGCUUCUACUACAGAGGAGUAAACAGCAGUGUUAUACUUAAUAUUAGCAAUACAUGAUCAUUUUAUGUGCAUCUCACAGCUCUUAAGUGUCUUCCUAUAAGUUGAAAGUCUCAUUAAGUGUGGAUUCUAGCUACAAAAGAAAAUGGAACCAAAUGGCAAUAAAGGUUUUGCAGAUGAGAUUCAAGAGGGACUAGGGUCAGUCAGAUCACCAAAUGACAAAGAUCAGAUUUCUUUUCACAUUCAAUCAUCUCAGGUUGAAAUUGUUGAUGAGGAAAAAAAUCAAAGUAAGUUCCUGGGUUUCGUAAGAACUAUUCCUCGUGGAGCUAGGUUUAUGAAACUUGGCCCUUCUCCUUCUGCCAAAUUUCGUCAGCUUGCAUAUGAACGAGAUGAGCUCUCACGUGCAAUUCAUUCUGAGCACAGUCCCCGUGAACGUUUCCAUAUGCCUUUGGUCAGGAAAAUUGAUUGGGUUUCCUUGUGGUUAAUGUGCAAAGAAUGGAUAAGAAAUCCCAUGAACAUGGCGCUUUUUCUCUGGAUUACUUGUGUUGCUAUAUCUGGUGCUAUCCUAUUCAUGGUUAUGACAGGAAUGUUGAAUAAAGCUUUACCAAGUAAAUCUCAAAGAGACACCUGGUUUGAAGUUAACAACCAGAUUUUGAAUGCACUAUUCACUCUAAUGUGUCUCUAUCAACAUCCAAAGAGGUUCUAUCAUCUUGUGCUUUUGUGUCGAUGGGAGCCAAAAGACAUUCUGGCACUCAGAAAAAUUUAUUGCAAGAAUGGCACCUAUAAGCCUAAUGAAUGGAUGCAUAUGAUGGUUGUGGUUAUUCUUCUCCAUCUGAAUUGUUUUGCACAGUAUGCCUUGUGUGGCCUCAAUCUGGGGUACCGCAGGUCCCAGCGACCGGCAAUUGGAGUUGGCUUGUGCAUCUCUGUAGCUAUCGCUGCACCAGCGUUUGCCAGUGUGUAUAAAAUUCUUAGCCCUCUUGGGAAGGAUUAUGAAACUGAAAUUGAUCAGGAAGCGGGUAAGGCUAUUUCCACUGAUGAUUCAAAACCAAAAACCAUGCGGAUAAAAUCACUUGAAAAGAGAUAUUCUUUUGUCGCAAGGGAGGGCCAAAGCUUUCCAGCGUCUAGACCGAAAUGGAUAGGUGGUUUAUUCGAUCUCUGGGAUGAUAUUUCUCUUGCCUACCUUUCAGUAUUCUGCAGCUGUUGUGUUUUUGGCUGGAACAUGGAGAGGCUUGGAUUCGGCAACAUGUAUGUUCAUAUUAUGACUUUUCUUCUAUUUUGCCUGGCUCCCUUCUUUAUCUUCAACUUGGCUGCCAUCAAUCUUAAUAAUGAAGCAGUUAGAGAGGCACUUGGAAUUUCAGGCAUUCUGCUUUGCUUCUUUGGUUUACUCUAUGGUGGCUUCUGGAGGAUCCAGAUGAGGAAGAAGUUUAAUCUUCCCGCGCAUACAUUUUGCUGUGGUCAGCCAUCAGUAACCGACUGUUUUCAAUGGCUUGUCUGUUGCUCAUGUUCUCUUGCGCAGGAGGUUAGGACGGCAGAUCACUAUGAUAUGGUGGAGGACAAGUUAUGUGAGAAGCAAACGGAUGGUGGUGGCCAGCUUGUAUCGGCUUCACCGUGUCGUGAAGAAGGCACUCCUCUGUUCGCAUCAACCCCAAGCUCUCCCUACCAAGGUCAGUCCAGUCCACUUUUCAGAUUGGAAUACAAAUCAAGUCCGAUAAGAUCUUCGGCUGGGCAAUCUCCAGGCACGCAUUUGCCCAUUGUUGCAGAAGAUUCGUCCACGACUCAUAAGGGGAACACAAUGAGUCCACCAAUUCCACCUGCCAUAUGAAAAGAAGAUUAAUAUUACACUAUAGCUUGCUGAGAAUGGCACCUGCGAUUGUGGAUGUACCAGAGACAAAACUUGUGUGUUCUGCACAUCUUUCAUCAAUUUUUCUAUUUUUGUACUUGUCAUAAAUAACUGUCUUCCCCUAGAUGUCCUCUGGAGAAAUAUUCUUUCCUAGUGAUGAAACAGAGAAACUUCAUUAGUUUUCAUCUACAGGAAUGAUGGUUUUCGUUGUUGCUUCAGACUAUGGAUGACAUUUGUCUUGGAAAAUUUUGUAUAAUGAACAAGUAAAAGAAGGGAUAUGUGAUGCGUGUCUUUAUAUGUA